UAGACGAUUAACGAAUGGAGAAGGUUCGAUUGACCGUUUUCCUUAUUUGGUUUUUGGCCGGUUGUAUUUGCAGUGCACUUGGAUUACGAACUACAUUGAGGAUGUUGAAUAAAGCGUAUUCUCCGUCAUUAGUCCAAGGAAUUUUGCAGAUUUAUUACAAUGGCUCAUGGGGGACGAUAUGUAAUGAUUACUGGGACAUGACUGACACAAACGUAGCAUGUAAACAGCUUGGAUACCAGAACGCAUCAAGCUUCAAGUAUUUAGGACAAGGACCUGAUCCAAUUUGGCUAGAUGACGUACAUUGUACUGGUGGUGAAUCAUUCCUACAUCAGUGCACUCACAGAGGAUGGGGUGUCCAUAACUGCGGAGGUCACGACGAGGACGUUGGUAUCGUGUGCAAUACAGUAUAA